AUGGUGCAGAACCUCUACGUCGGCUUGAAGUUGCAUGCGAUGUACAGAGAGGAUGGUCAAUACUACCCGGCCAGCAUCGUCAUCAUCAUCCCAAAGAAGAAGAAGGCUCCUGUGAAGGUCCAUUACCACGGCUACCCCAAGCAGGACGAUGCUUGGGUGACUUUGAAUAUGCUCAAAUCCAAGGCUUUGCCAAAGGAGAAGACUUCUAAGCCUACGAAGGCAACACGGCCCACGGAGAACCUGCCCAACCUCCUCACUGGAUUCGCUGCACCGGGGUGCAUCCUCCCUAAGAUUCAGGAGCAAAGGCCAAAGCGCUUGGAAUUCCCUUUCCGCCUGCGAAGCACCCGCCGGCCAAGAAGGUCGACUUCCGCAUUGCGGUCUUUAAGACCGUGCGUGACUUCGCCCUCUCGGACUCGAACUUUAUGCGACUCGAGCCGAUGA